GGACUGGGUUCCCUGCGCAGAAAACUUUGUCGACCCAAUCCCACUCAAACCAGCUAUUCCAAAAUGGCGGCCAGAGCUGUGGGUCUGACAUCGAAUAAAGGCUUAACUUUCUUCGUACGGGCUUUUAACGACUGCGCACUUCGAAGUGCAAGUAGCAUGGCGGCUGUUCGACAACCUAGAAAGAUGGCAGCUCGAUGCCGUGCCGGGAAAAACAAACUUCGUCAAGCCAAGCCUAGUCAAAAGAAGCUUGAAAUUGUGUCGAAUGUGCGAGAGGUCUUUGGUAACAGCUGUGUGACUGUCUUCCAGUAUGGAGACAUGAACACAGCUGAAUGGGAAGACCUUCGUUAUGCCCUCAGUAAACACAAUGUCAAAGUGAAGAUCUUUCCUAAUCGAGUGACCCACAAAGCUCUGGAGGAUACAAUAUAUGAUGGCAUUAUACCUUUGUUUGCUUGCACGACUUGUGUGAUUUAUUCUGAGGAACCUGCUGUCAAGCCUAUACUGGAUGUUAUCAAAAGACAGCCUAAACUGGAAUUGCUUGGGGCAAAGAUAGACAAUCGCCUGAUGUCUGUAAGAAAUGUGCAGGACUUUGCUAAGCUGCCAUCUUUGACUGAAUUGCAUGUGACUUUGGUUCAACUGCUACAGCACCAGUCAAAUCAGUUAGGAUCAUUACUCCAGCAGAACCAGUCACAACUUUCAAGUAACCUUGACCAGCUGGUUAAGCAAGGAGGAGAACAACAAUGAGGAACCCAUGGUUAAAGUUGCUGUACUCAUUACCGAUAAUUUUUCAUAUUUUGAAAAUAUGAUUAAAAUUUCAGAUUAAUCAUAAAUUUGAAAGUUUACUUUUUCCUUAAUUUCAAACCUGCAAAUUUCAAAGUGAUGGUUGUAAGAGUUAGUUUCUUGCAUAAGAAAUGCUAGUAAAAAGUCAUCUCUCCUACAAAAUAAUUUUUUAUUUUCUAGAAAGAAAUAAGAUUAAUGUCGAUAUAAACAAACAUGCUUAUGAUAUGGUCAACCAAGGUUUUCUAUUUUGUAAUAACAAAGUGACAGAAGUGUGGGAUGUCCAUCUAACCUUGAUCCAAGGGUCCUCUGGGUAGCCAUAUUAAUAAGAAUAACCCAAAAACCAUGGAAUCAAAAUUGCUGUCCAUCAUUUUUAGUAAGGGGUAAUAUUUUUUUUUCAUUUUUGUGAGGUAAGGUAUUCAAAAAUUUGACUAAUAAAGGUAUGCCAUUACUCAGAA